CAGGGUCGCAACAUUCUGACCAACUUCCACGGCAUGGACCUCACCACGGACAAGCUCCGCUCAAUGGUGAAGAAGUGGCAGACGCUGAUUGAGACGCACGUCGAUGUCCGCACCACCGACGGAUAUCUGCUGCGAGUCUUCUGCAUCGGCUUCACUCGCAAGUGGCCCCAUCAGAUCAAGAAGACCAGCUACGCGCAGACCACCAAGGUGCGUGCCAUUCGCAAGAAGAUGGUGGAAAUCAUCACUAAGAGCAUCAACACCAACGAGCUGAAGGACGUCGUCCUGAAGCUGAUCCCCGACUCGAUCGCCAAGGACAUCGAGAAGCAGUGCCACUCCAUCUACCCGCUGCACGACGUGAUGAUCCGCAAGGUGAAGGUCCUGAAGAAGCCCAAGUUCGACCUGAGCAAGCUUCUGGAGAUGCACGGCGAGGGCAGAGGCGCCUCUUCAUCGGCUGCGCCACCGAAGGACGGUGAAAGUACCACCAAGGUCGACCGACCGGAAGGAUACGAGCCACCGGUGCAGACUGCUGUGUAA